GUAUGUAUUUCAGGGCUGUAAAAGAGACCAAGGUUUCAGUAUGACUCCCUGGUAAAAUAAAUUAAUGCAAGGACACACAGACCUCUGAUAGUUUAGCUGUAGUAGUACGUACUAAUUAUAUUGUGAAAUGUCUCCCCCUGCAGGUUGUGGAGUGAAUGACUCUCCAGUAGGCCUGGCUGCUUACAUACUGGAGAAGUUCUCCACCUGGACUGACUACAACAACAGGGACUUGGAAGAUGGGGGGCUGGAGAGGAAGUUCACCCUGGACGACCUGCUGACCAACAUCAUGAUCUACUGGACCACCGGCUCCAUCGUGUCCUCCAUGAGGUUCUACAAGGAGAACUUAAAGACCAACAUUGACAACAGACUGGAUAAUAAUACGGGGGUGUAUGUGCCUACAGGUCUGGCGGCGUUUCCCAACGAGGUAAGGCACGUGCCCCAGUCGUGGGCCAGGGACAGGUUCAGGAACAUCUACUCCUACUCUUACAUGCCCCGAGGAGGCCACUUCGCUGCCUUCGAGGAGCCACAGCUCCUGGCUGACGACCUGCUGCAGUUUGUGAAGAAGGUGGAGAAGUUGUAGAGUUGAUGGAUACAAGAGGUCGACUCUCCACUCCUGCCAAGUGCCUGGAAGAAAAACCAGCAGGACUGCAGAACGUGAUAACACUACAGCUUGGAAUUGUAGCUUUGUACUAAAAACAUUUAAAUGUUAAUCUAAGGUUUAAAAAAAUCAGAAGCACUGUCUAAUUAACAGGUAAAUACUUGGUCAAUCAGUGAUGUUAACACUGCAAUAUGAUCAUGCUCAGUGAUUGUGUUGGUGUAAUAUUAAGGCUAUACAGUCAACAUAAUGGACCUAUACUGUAAUAAUGAAAUGAUCAGCACUUCAAAACAGAUGUCUUCCAGGUUGCACAA